CGAUCCGAUCCUUAGAAAAAAAAAAAACUACAAAACAAACAAACAAAAAAAUCUCCUCCAGCGUUUUUCCCACGCUUCUUCUUCCUCCUCCUUCCCCUUGAAGCUGUAAGAGAGGUGGGAAAGUGGUGGAGACAGUACGCCGCAUCGAUUCUUCGAUCAGAUUAGAGAUGAAAUUUCUUUGUUCAUCAACAAAGCCGUCAUUUUUCUGCAAUCUUUCUUUCGGAUUAGAGUGGUAUCUGCUUGGCCCAAUGGUUUGCAGUUAGGGCUUUGUGGAUCGUCGUUUAGAAUAGGACUAGAUUUUUGAGCGUUUUGUUGGUGAGAGAAUGGGGGCGGGAGCCUCGAGUAGUAUGGGAGUCAGAGGGCACGGAGGAGUUCAGGAGACGGGGCUAGGGGACUUACCGGAAAGUUGCAUCGCUGAGCUGAUGCUGUACCUCGAUGCGCCGGGGAUCUGCAGGCUUGCGAAACUCAGCCGGGCUUUCCGAGGAGCAGCUUCGGGGGACUUCGUGUGGGAGACGAAGCUCCCUAGAAACUACCAGUACCUGUUGGAGAAAGCUUCGGAGGAAGUGGAGAACGAGGUUCUGCUGACUAAGAAGGAAAUCUACGCGCAGCUUUGUCGUCCGAACCCUUUUGAUGGGGGAACGAAGGAAUUCUGGCUAGAGAAGCGCAGGGGUAGGCUUUGCAUGUCUAUUUCUUCGAAGGCUUUGCUUAUUACUGGGAUAGAUGAUCGGAGAUACUGGAGCAAUAUUCCGACUGAGGAAUCAAGAUUCCACUCAGUCGCCUAUCUUCAGCAGAUAUGGUGGUUUGAGGUCGACGCCGAAAUCGAGUUCUGCUUCCCUCCUGGCACAUACAGCCUAUACUUUCGCCUCCACCUAGGACGACCCACAAGGCGACUCGGUCGACGAAUAUGCAACACGGAGCACAUCCAUGGGUGGGACAUCAAGCCCGUCCGUUUCCAGCUGUGGACAUCGGACGGCCAGCAUGCUUUGUGCCAGUGCAAACUUGAUGAUCCAGGUUGUUGGAUACGCUACCAUGUUGGUGAUUUUAUUGUUGGGAGCGCAGAUGUUCCCACUAAACUCAAGUUCUCCAUGAAACAAAUAGACUGUACUCACACCAAAGGGGGUCUGUGUGUGGACUCUGUGUUAAUAUGUCCCAAGGGGCUGAUUCAAGAGAAGGGGAGAAGUAGAGAACAGACCAGCAAAUCGAAGAAAUCGGGCAUUUCGACAUACCGAACGCAGAACAUUGAGCCGAAAGUGAUGGUCUUUUUGUGUUCGUGAUUUCGCCGAAGUCUUCGUUGCGGUUGAAACUCUCCUUCAAAUGAGCCCUUUGUUCUCAUGAUUUUACUCCUUAUUGAGAAAGAUGAUUUCUAUUCUCAAGACAUAGGGUCCACAGUGACUUGAAUAAGCUCUCUUUAUAUUUUAUUAUUGUA